UCUUGGGCAGGUAGGGAGGUUGAAAGAAUGUGUGUUACGAGUGUGAGGAACGCGGAUUCAAGGGGGAAAAGCGACCCGAAACGGCAAGUCGCCUGGCUCGUGAUGAAGCCGGCCCACAAACAAAACUCGGCGCUCGUGAAAGGAAAUGUAGGUCGGAUCGGAUGAAAGGAGAUGUCCACUUGCCUAAUCGAUUAUACGACAUGGUUGCUUAGUGCUCACGGAGCCGACUGACUGAAACACGACGACGGGCUGGGUAUCUAUCGAAGAAAUGCGCCAAACGGCCCAACUGCAAAAUGCAAAGACACAACCUGUAAAUGCUCGGUUGGGGAUGUCCGCGCUCUGUCCAACGAAGAAGGAAGAGAUUCCCGAUUCGGACGGCUUAUGGUGUCUCAGACUGUCAAAUGCCAGGGAGCUGCCCGUUUGUCCCGGCGUUGGAAUGUAAGAGUGUCGUUGUGGAUGUGGAUGUGGUGGGUGUGGGUGUGGGUGCGGGUUGGAUGUAUCAAAGUCGCCGCCGUUGCUUGGCUCUCUCUGCCUUGUCGCAGCCGCGCGGCCGCAGUCUGACAACCCGAGGAGUCGUUGAUCGGUUGGCUGUGUUUCGAGGCGCCUCCUUUUUGCGCGCGGCCUUCUUCUGUGCGUCUCGCUCGGAUUUGUUCCUUUGUUAUGGAGGUAUGGUAUGGUAUGUGGGCAACGUUCUUCGUAGGUAUCGACCACGGGACUGCACCGCAGACAACGCUCCCUAUGCGCCGGGCUUUGUUAGGCCGUCUCUCGAUCGGUCGGUUUGCGGCGGGUUCGGGGUUGGUUUGCAAGCGCUGGGCUAUGCUUUGGCGCUGUCGCAACGGGUUGACUGGCGAGGAGAGUCGAACAGCUGGACAAAAGUCGCGGUUUCAGCCUGUCGAUUUUCCAACCAGGAGUCGGCAGCUCGAUGGACGGCAAGCAGGGAUCCUGAGGGGCCCGGCGAAUGAAGGGGCGGUGCUUGCCGGGAAGAUGGCAGGUUGAUCGUGGUGUUUCAGUGCUCGAUUGGGGCAGGUGGUGACGUCGCACGGCCUACGGCACUGUUCAUUGGGUGUGGGGGUGUCCUUCAGGGGGGCGGUAUCAGAGCCAAAAAGCCUGUUCGGUUGCUGUGGGGUUUUUGGGUCCGAACUUUGUGUUUUGCUGCCCACCAAAGAUCGACAAAUAUUGAAUUUCUCAGAUUCUCAGAUGCGGCAAUGCGGGGGAAUUCGUCAAUUUGACAACCACCCCAAA